AUGGACAUCCACAGAACGUUAGUUAUUAUAUUUUUUGGGAUAGUGCUCAGUGUAAAUGCCGUUGAUUAUGGAAGCAUGGAAUCAAAGCAAGUGGUAAGAGUUGGAGUGAUUCUUGACUCUGCUUCUCCAUUGGGGAAGAUGGCAAAUAGCUGCAUAUCCAUGGCGCUCUCUGACUUUUACUCUAUAAAUGCUAAUUACCGGACGAGGCUGGCUCUUUCAGUUAAGGAUUCUGUGAAAGAUGUUGUCAAGGCAGCAUCAGCAGCUUUAGAAUUGAUGAACAAGGAACAAGUGCAGGCUAUAAUAGGGCCACAAACUUCAACAGAAGCAGAUUUUGUGAUAGAUCUUGGAGACAGAGCUCAAAUUCCCAUAAUUUCAUUUUCAGCUACAAGCCCCUCAUUGUCCCCAACCCAUAACCCAUUUUUCAUUCGAACAGCCCAAGAUGAUUCCUCAAAAGUGACAGCUCUGACUUCCAUUGUUGAAGCAUAUGGAUGGAAAAAAGUUGUUCUAAUCUGCGAAGACAGUGAAUACGGAACAGGUUUGAUACCAUAUUUCACCGAUGCCUUCCAGGAGAUUAACGUCCGGGUGUCUUAUAGAAGUAUUAUCUCUCCAAAUUCCAAUCAAUUUGAAAUCUUGAAACAACUUAACAUGAUAAUGGCAAGGCAGACAAGGAUACUAUUGGUUCAUGUGUCGGCUUUGCUUGGUUCAAAACUGUUUAGUCUUGCAAAACAGAUAGGCAUGAUGAGUGAAGGGUAUGCAUGGAUCACCACUAAAGGGCUAUCAAUAUCUUUAUUAGAUCCUAUGGGUGAAAAGGUCAUUGAUUCCAUGCAUGGUGUUGUGGAUGUGAGGCCCUACUUGCCAAACUCAAAACGUCUUCAAGAUUUCAAAACCAGGUGGCAUAAAAUCAAUUCAGGCCGGAAUAUUGAUCUAGACAUGUUCGGUUUAUGGGCGUAUGACACGGUUUGGGCAUUGGCUAUGGCUGCUGAAUUGGUUGAUCAACAGCUGAAUCCAAAUGCCUUGAGCCACAAUAUUAGCACAAACAUCACUAGUACCAGUACUAGUACUGAACUCUUUGACCUAGAAGUCUCCGAAUGGGGUCCGGAGCUUCUCCAAAUGUUGCUACGUGCUAACAUUGAAGGCCUAAGCGGAGAAUUUAGACUGAUGGGAGGGCAGUUACAAGCUAGAGACUUUGAAAUAAUCAAUCUAAGAAGGAAAUUAGGAGAAAGAGUUAUUGGACAUUGGACACAUCUUAAUCAAUCUCUGGAGAUUGAUAGAAAGGCAAUUAUUUGGCCUGGACACACAAAAGUCCCACCAAAAGGUUGGGUGAACCCGGUGUUCGGUAAAAGGUUGAGGAUCGGAGUCCCUGUUGCAUCUUCUGGGUUCAAGGAAUUCUUGGACAUAGAAUGGGAUCCUCAUACGGGCGAGCCUUCCUUCUCAGGGUUCACCUACGACAUCUUUGUGGCUGCGUUGGAUAAGCUGCCAUUCGCACUUCCUCACAAGUUAAUUCCAUACGUGAAUAGAUCCAAACAGAGUAAUGGGACUUAUGAUGAUCUUCUUUGCCAGAUUAAACUUAAGAAACUGGAUGCGGUGAUAGGAGGUAUAACAAUCGUUGCAAAUAGGACUAAGUAUGUUGAUUUUACAUUGCCUUACAAGCAAUCGGGCGUCUCAAUGGUGGUAAAGGUUAAAAAAGACGAAAUGGAUAAUAUGUGGGUGAUCCUAAAGCCUCUUGGCUGGGAUCUUUGGCUAGCUAUUGGUGUGGCAUUCGUCUUCACAGGAAUUGCUGUAUGGUUUCUCGAACAUCAUACAAAUGAAAAGGAAGAGUUCAAGAGUCCACCGGGCCAAAAGCUUCCCGGCACCAUUUUAUGGUUCUCAAUAUCAAUUCUAGUGUUUGCUAAUAGCGAGAAAUUAGAGAACAAAUGGUCAAGAUUUGUGUUGGUGAUAUGGGUUUUUAUGGUACUCAUCCUCACCCAGAGUUAUACCGCUAGCUUAACCUCAAUGUUGACAGUACCAAAAUACCGACCAGCAGUUGCUGAUAUUAACGAGCUCAGAAGGAACGAUUAUUUUGUUGGUUUCCAAAAGAACUCAUAUGUCAAUAACCUUUUAACCGAACAGUUGAAGUAUCCAGAGUCUAGGCUAAGAUCUUAUACAUCACUGGAGGAGUACGAUGAUGCAAUGUCCAAAGGAAGCAAAAAUGGUGGAAUUGAUGCUAUCUUUGACGAAAUCCCCUUUGUCCAGCUCUUUCUUGCCAAGUAUGGAUCCUCUAAAUACAAAGUAGUUGGACCAACCUACAAAUCUGCAGGCUUUGGCUAUGCUUUCCCAAUAGGUUCCCCUCUUGUAUCCUACAUUUCUAAAGCAAUCCUAAAUGUCACCCAAGAUCCUAACAAGAUGGAAGUAUUGGAAAUCAAGUAUUUUGAACAAGGAACCAAAUGCGAAGACUCGUUCUCUGCAGAUGAUGAUCCUAGUCUAAGUGUGUACAAUUUCAGUGGCCUCUUCAUUAUCAUCGCAAUUGCUUCGAUUUUUGCGUAUUUGACACAUUUGAUUAAACCCCACUGUAGCUGGUCUGCUACGAAUGCUAUCCAUCCGGAUAGCUCCCUAAGCCUUUGGUCCAGAGUUACUAAAAGGGAGAAGCCUUGCCAUAUGGAUCACAAUAAUUUGCAUGCCAAAGCUGAAGUUUCAGUAAAUACUAAUGAAGGAGACCACUUACAGAAUCCUCCAACAGCUUUCAGCCAAGAAAUUGUAGAUAUCAACCAAGUUGAUGAAGAAGAUGAAAUUCAUAAUAUAGAUUCUGGGCUGUAUAUCUAUGGAUGUGCCUAA